AGGUGCGGCGAGCCGGUGGGGGGACCGCGAGGCGAGCGCGGGAGCCUGGGCGGAGAGUGGGGUGUGAGCUGCCCGAAAAUGCACUCGGAUGCCGCCGCUGUCAACUUCCAGCUGAACCCUCAUCUCUCAACACUGGCAAAUAUUCAUAAGAUCUACCACACCCUUAAUAAGCUAAAUCUAACAGAAGACGUUGGCCAAGACGAUCACCCAACAGGAAGCCUGCGCUCGUGCAGCUCUUCAGACUGCUUUAGUAAAGCGAUGCCACCGAGGAAAAAGAGAAGACCCGCGUCCGGAGAUGACUUAUCCGCCAAGAAAAGUAGACACGAUGGCAUGUAUAGGAAGUAUGAUUCAACCAGAAUAAAGACGGAAGAAGAAGCCUUUUCAAGUAAGAGAUGCUUAGAGUGGUUCUACGAAUAUGCAGGUACUGAUGAUAUCGUAGGCCCUGAAGGCAUGGAGAAAUUCUGUGAAGACAUUGGUGUCGAACCAGAAAAUGUAGUUAUGCUUGUCCUCGCUUGGAAAUUGGAUGCACAAAACAUGGGUUAUUUCACUUUGCAGGAAUGGUUGAAAGGAAUGACUUCUCUACAAUGUGAUACAACAGAAAAACUCAGAAAUACUUUGGAAUACUUAAGAUCAUUAUUAAAUGAUUCUACAAACUUUAAACUUAUUUACAGAUAUGCAUUUGACUUUGCACGGGAAAAGGACCAGCGCAGCCUAGACAUAAACACUGCCAAGUGCAUGUUGGGACUGUUAUUAGGAAAAAUCUGGCCCCUUUUUCCAGUUUUUCACCAAUUCUUAGAGCAAUCAAAAUAUAAAGUUAUUAACAAAGACCAGUGGUGCAAUGUGCUAGAGUUUAGCAGGACAAUUAACCUUGACCUCAGCAACUACGACGAAGACGGAGCAUGGCCAGUGUUGUUGGACGAGUUUGUGGAGUGGUAUAAAGACAAACAGAUGUCCUAGGACUUUAUGCAUAGCAGCGAGAGAGUCACUGUUACCACAGAUCUGUCAACCAUUAGCCAUAAAUUGCUGUUUGUAUCCAAGCGCAUGCUGCUUUUCUUGCACUGUCUCCCUUUUGCAGGGACGUUUUGGUGUUUGCUAUUGAACGGGCCGGCUCAGCUUGCUGUGUAGCCUCGUCCUCUUGGAAGGCUGCUUUGCAGUUUGUACCUAACACUACAGAUUGGUGACUUUGCCAGCGCCCUCACUGUGAUGAUGUGUAUAUUGCUGUUUAAAUUUUGUAUAUGUGUAUAAAAAGACAAAGCUUCACCUAGAGAUUAUUUCUGCAAAACUGUAUUGUAAAAAUAAUUUUUGUGGCAUAUUUCUAGUCCCUUUUUUCAAACGAACCAGUUAUACUCUAUUUGGUCUCCAGUGUAGCAUUUCAGAACACAAGAGAGAACAACCUUUACCAUAAGCGAAUGUUGCCAGAAUUAACCUCAUCGUUUAAGAGGCCAACUUGUGGAAAGAGGUGCGAGUCAGACCUUCGCAGAGGCACAUGCCAAAUAUAAUUUGGUUUACUUCAAUGUGAGUGUUUUUAAAUGAUGGAAGGUACAAUUAUUUGAACAUCUAGACACGUACCAUGCCACAGAUGCUUUCCACCACGCAGGGUGUAGGUUUUUAUUCUCUGAUGUUAGGCCGUAGUAGUUUGAAUAUAGGUACAAAUGAACAAAUUAAAAUUGCACCUUUUUUAAAUG